GGUUCUGGGUCAAAUGUUUGAUGAUGACAAAAUGAUCAAAAUGCUGGUGGAUGCCAAGUAUGAUUUGGUACUCACUGACCCAGCUAUUGCUCCAGGAGUGAUAUUAGCCAAAUAUCUCAAACUGCCCCUGGUGCUUAAUGUUCGGUGGAUUACAAGUGGAGAAGGUCACUUUGUGUUGGCCCCAUCACCACUCUCUUAUAUUCCAGUGCCAGGAUCCGGCCUAACAGACAAAAUGAAUUUCCUCCAGAGGGUUAAGAACAUGCUUUUCUACAGCAUAGUACUCUUUCAGCAGAAAUUUGUAGUGGAACCAAGGUACCAGGCAGUCUGUGAUACAUACAUUGAAAGUGGAUGUGAUGUGGUCUCACUUCUUCAGGAGGCCGACAUUUGGCUGUUUCGGUCCGAUUAUGUGUUUGAGUUUCCUCGGCCCACAAUGCCAAAUGUCGUCUACAUCGGAGGGUUUCAGUGCAAACCGGCCAGCCCUCUGCCUCCAGAGCUGGAGGACUUUGUUCAGAGUGCUGGGGAACAUGGGGUCAUUGUUAUGACUCUGGGAACUUUAGUCAACAUUUUGCCCACUGAUGUUGCAGAUGAAAUUGCCAGUGUUUUUGCAAAGUUGCCUCAAAAGGUGAUAUGGAGGCACAUCGGUGGACGUCCCACUACUUUAGGAAACAACACCCUGCUGGUGGACUGGAUGCCCCAGAAGGACCUCCUGGGACACAUACAGACCAAAGUUUUUGUGACUCAUGGAGGAACUAAUGGAGUCCAGGAGGCCAUUUACUAUGGUGUACCUGUGCUUGGCAUCCCAUUGUUCUUUGACCAGUAUGACAACCUUCUUCGCUUGCAGGAGAGAGGAGCUGGAAAGAUCAUUCAGCUCCAUAAUCUGAAUGUUAGCAGUUUUGAACAGGGUCUUAAUGAAGUACUCUAUCAAGACAGUUACAGACAGAACAUGCAAAGACUGUCACGUUUGCACAGGGAUCAGCCAAUGGCACCAAUGGAUCAGGCCAUCUUUUGGGUUGAAUAUGUGAUUCGCCACAGAGGGGCUCCUCACCUUCGCACAGAGGCCUAUAAAAUGCCGUGGUACUCUUACUACUCUUUAGAUGUGUUGUUGGUACUACUGACUGCUGUGACUGUAAUAUUCAUCACUAUUGGGACUAUCUUCAGAUUUUUGUGCUGCAGAGGUAAAAAAUAUAUAAAAGUUAAAAAACAAUAAGCGAGCAAGUAGAUA